UCGUUUUUAGUUUGUGGGAGUUCGCCUUUUAAAUGAUGCAGUAAUGGUUAAAAGAUACCAUAUCUUUUAAAGAUUUGUUUAUGCGAUGUGAAACCAUAACCAAAAAUUGUUGGUCCACCAUAAGCAUUUUAAGGGAGACAACUUAACAGUGUGAUCCAAUAUGGGAAAUGACUUGAGGAUACAUGAUGGACCCAGGGCAUAAGAAAAUAAGCAAGAAAAGGGGUUUAGUGCUUUGUAUCUUGAAAGCUUAUUGAGCUUCAGAUUUCGUCAUUGCAAGAAGCAUGAAUUCUCCAUCUACGCAGUUUGUCUCGUCAGGAAGGAUGGGUAUGUAUGAGCCUAUUCACCAAAUGGGCAUGUGGGGAGAUCCCUUUAAGAGUCAUGGAAUUCCAAACACAUCCACAUCAAUGUUUAUACCUGCCAAUCCAAAUUCAACUCAUUCAAUAAUUAUACCAGUAGAUACAAAGCUAGACAAUCAGUCAGAAGAUACUUCACAAAAUACUCUUGGGCCGUCUGGAAAAUAUGAUCAAGAAGCAACUAAGCCAACUGAUAAGGUACAAAGACGCCUUGCACAAAAUCGUGAGGCUGCUCGUAAAAGUCGGUUGCGGAAAAAGGCAUAUGUUCAGCAGUUGGAAUCAAGUCGUUUAAAGCUUAUUCAGAUGGAGCAGGAACUUGAAAGGGCAAGACAACAGCAGGGUCUAUACAUAGGUGCUGGAGUCGAAACUAGUCAUAUGGGGUUUACUGGACCAAUUAAUACAGGGAUUGCCACUUUUGAGAUGGAGUAUGGACACUGGUUGGAAGAACAAAAUAGACAUAUUAGUGAUCUAAGGACUGCUUUGAAUGCUCAUAUAAGUGACAUCGAGCUGCGAAUACUUGUUGAAAGUGGCAUAAGCCACUAUUCUGAACUUUUUCGCAUGAAGGCAACUGCUGCAAAAGCUGACGUUUUCUAUGUGAUGUCUGGGAUGUGGACGUCAUCCGCAGAGCGGUUUUUCUUGUGGAUAGGUGGAUUUCGUCCUUCAGAGCUUAUUAAGAUUCUCAAGCCUCAGCUGGAGCCCCUAACAGAUCAACAACUUUUGGAUGUCUGCAAUCUCAAAAGAUUAUGUCAGCAAGCAGAAGAUGCUCUUUCACAAGGUAUGGAAAAACUUCAGCAAACUCUGGCGGAGACUGUCGCUGCUGGUCGAUUGGGUGAAGCAAGUCAUAUGCCACAUAUGGAUACUGCAAUGGAGAAAUUGCAAGGUCUGGUUCGCUUUGUGCAGCAGGCUGAUCAUCUUCGCCAGAUAGCUUUGCAACAAAUGUUGCUAAUCUUAACAACACGUCAGGCAGCUCGGGGUCUACUUGUCUUGGGUGAGUAUUUCCAACGACUACGAGCUUUGAGUUCAAUUUGGGUGACUCGUCCUCGUGAGCCUGCCUAAUCUUUGCACCAGAAGGAUUGUAGUAAGUGAUAAACUCUUAUGGAGGAAAUCAACACAGCCAUUCACUGGCGGCCAAAGCCAUGCCUGCUGGUAAUGAUGUUGUAAACUUAUUAUAGACAUAAUUCAAGCUGCUGACAUUUUUGAAGCAGCAUUCCGCAAUUGAGAUGCUGUAAACGUGAGUAGCCAUUUUCAUCAGAAGCAAGUUCGCAGCUGAAGUAAUUGUCAGUGCCUGUUGGAAGCAUCUAUUUUGUGUUGGAGUCUGCAGCUGGAAUGUUGUCAUGUAAAUUUUUGCAGAAUGGUGGCAUCUUCAACGUUUCCUGUAAAUACCACAGUGGUGAUUAUUGUUUGAUAUGUAAUAUUUUUGUUUCUGUGCUCUAAACAUCUUUAGUUUUGUCAAUUGAAAUGAAUGGCUGCUAUGUUGCACGGUUUCUUC